ACCUUGGCCGUACCCCGGUAUCAAGGCCUCAAGGGUCCAAACCGGGCCAGUGUGGAUGUCCCCCCUUCCAUUACUUACAGCCCCGAGCCCAGCAUGGAAAGCAUGGAGUCAAUUCUCUGGAGCUCCCAGGAGGAAUUAAAAACGUCUCUGUACAACCUCCAGUUCAGCAAAAAUGCCCCGGAUAGCGACAGCAGCAUGCUGCCAGGCAGCCCCGCAGAGGCCUGUUCUGCCAGGUUUCUGGAAGCGGGUAAACGGAAAUAUUCACAGCUGCCCUUAGGCACAAAGAUGCUGCAUGAAGCCAAGAAGAUCAGCCGCCAGCUGAGCCUGGCGCUGAGCGUGUUGGGCAUGAUGAUCAUCGGUCUCAUCACCCUGGGCCAGCCCUGGGUCCACUUCCAGGUGCCCCUGGAGCCCCCUGGGGGUCCCGCUGACCCCCCGCCCCGGACCAUGCCGAUCAACACCAUCUUCUUUGUGCGGUGUUCUGACAUCUCCUGCCCGCACGAGCAAGACUACAAAGCUUACUUGCUGGACUCUGCCUGGGCCUUCCUCUUCAUUUCCAGCUUCACCAGCUUCUGCCUCUUCCUCAUCCUCAUAAACAUCACCUUCUUCAGCGGCUCCAGCGUGUCCCUGCUGGACUUCUCCAACAUCAUCCUCAGCAACCUGACAGGGACCAGCAUGGUGCUGGGCGUCCUGUUCUACCUGCUGCAGGCCCAUGAGUUCCUGCAGGAGGGCAUGACUUACAGCCUGGGGCACAGCUUCUACCUGGCGUGGAUCGGCAUCUUCUCCUUCAUGACGAUCGGUUUAAUUUCCUACAUGAACUACAUGAAUUUCUGGUCCAUCCUGGCACCACGGGGCAUCUGGACUUAGGACAUGGGAAGGACCCCGCUUCCUUCUUGCUCCCACCGCUCCCUGCCAAGGAGCCAAACAAGCCUGCUCUCCGGCCCUCACACCCACCACGACCCUUAUCCCUUUUCAGUGCCCUCUGAGUCUCCCCGACUCCAAUUACUAACCAGUAUUUUUAAAUCUGUACUUUUUGCCUAGAACAUGCCUUUGGCUUAGUACCUUGUAAGUGUCCCUUGGAAUCGUCAUACCUCCUUGGGCCCUGUGGGACGUACGGGUUUAGAAGGGAAAGGGAAUCGCAAGACAGAGACUUGAGGCACAAGGUCAGCCGAGAAUUAGGCCAACCAGGAUAUUUUUUCCAUUGCUUUUCAGAGAGGGGGGUGGGGGAGUGGAAGGGAGGAGGAGGAGAGAGAGAAACAUCGAUGUGAAAGAGACGUUGUCUCCUGUACACGCCCCAACCGUGGGUGGGGAGUGAGCCUGAAACCUAGGUAUGUG